AUGCGUGUUCCGUGGUUGUGUAUCGUGUGUUUGUGUGCUUCUGGACUUUUGUUACGAUGCGGAGCGUUACCGCCGGCAGCUCUCGGAGACGUGGUAGCGAAUGCGGCCAGCAGUCUCAAUUCUAUGAAGGUGACAGGCGCAUGGCGAAGACUAUCAAGUACAGUGAGCGAAUCAGUAGGCCUUAAGCAUGCACUGCGUCGUCUGCAGGCUGUUCCUGCACGAGCAGCGCGGCUGGUCCAUGCUCUUGUGGACCGUAUGCGAGUAGGAGGAGGACCAGUUAUUACGACACAAUAUGGCACUUUACGUGGAAGACGGGUAAUUGCAAGGACCAGUGCACAGACGCCAUAUUAUAGCUUUAAAGGAAUCAGGUACGCCCAACCUCCUCGAGGGUCGUUACGUUUUCGUCCACCCGCACCUCUUGAACCUUGGUCCGGAAUUCGAGACGCACUCGAGGAAGGCGCAGUGUGUCCGCAUCGGUUCAUGCUUUUCGACACGUACAAAGGCGAUGAAGACUGCCUUUUCCUUAACGUCUAUACACCUGCCUUACCGGACAAAUUGUCGGGAUACAAUCCGAAGUUGGCAGUAAUGGUUUGGAUACAUGGUGGCGCUUUUGCCGUCGGAUCAGGCAACGCUUUCCUCUAUGGACCGGAUCACCUCGUUGGUGCUGGAGUAGUCUUAGUCACGCUGAACUAUAGGCUCGGUGCUCUUGGUUUUUUAAGCUUAGAGAAUGAUGAAGUGUCUGGCAAUAUGGGGCUAAAGGAUCAAGUGAUGGCACUGAAAUGGGUGCAAGAUAACAUCGAGUUUUUUGGCGGUGACCCUGAACGAGUUACAAUCUUCGGAGAAUCAGCGGGUGCUGCUUCUGUGCACUUGCACAUGCUAUCACCAGCCUCUCAGGGUCUAUUUCACGGAGCAAUCGCUCAAAGCGGCGUGGCUCUGUCGCCGUGGGCUUUUGCGCAGGAACCUCGCGCACGAGCCUUCGAGCUCGGCAGAGAGCUCGGCAUCGACACGAACAGCACCUCGGAAUUACUCGGGUACCUUCGUGCAACACCAAGUGAAUUGUUGGUGAAAGCCGGCGCAAGACUAGUAGGAGCACCGGGUAGGACUGCUGACCUGAAAAGUACGGUUUCGCUGCCAUUCCUUCCCGUAGUAGAGCCGGAUGUCCCCGGAGCGUACCUGACGAAGCCGCCAGCGGAAUUGUUACCAGGAGCCGAUGUGCCUUUACUUACAGGCUACAAUGCUCAAGAAGGAAUUAUACUAUUCCGACGUCUUCAACGUUAUCCGAAGCUAUUGAGCGAGUUAGACCAUGAAUUCAAACGAGUUGUACCACCAGAGCUAAUGUCCUCAGACGAAGAAUUAACAAGAAAAAUAACGGAAUACAUAAGGGCGUUCUAUUUCCAACAACGACCUGUUGAUAUGCGCAACAUCGAUAGUCUUAUUAACUUGUUCACAGACGUUAUGUUCCUCCGUCCAGUGCUGGAAACUUUGAGAUUCCAAGCGAUGACGAACCGAACGAGUCCAACCUACUUCUACAGAUUUGCCUUUGAUGGGGCUCUGGGACUGUUCAAAAGGAUGCUAGGAAUAAACUACCCUGGUGCAUGUCAUGGUGACGAAAUGGGCUACCUGUUUUAUUUCUCGAGGUUUAACUACCGGCUAGACGACGAUUCGCCAGAAUUAAAAGUUUCUAAGAAAAUGGUGCAACUGUGGACAAAUUUCGCCAAAACCGGAAAUCCGACACCACCUGUCGACUAUGAAUCUGCAGUUAAUUUCAAAUGGCUGCCCGUCAACGACACAUCUCACAUAAACUACCUCGAUAUCACAGGAAACUUCACUCUUCUACAAGAGCCUGAAUCCAAAAGAGUACGAUUCUGGGAUUGGCUGUACGAUAACUAUGCCAAAAAACUUGCCACUACACGUGUAAAUAGCAGUGAAAUUAAUACAUAAUCAAAACGCUAACUUUUGCAACACUGUUAUCAAGUGUUGUGAGUGUAAAAUUAUACUUGUGCUAUUUUUAUAUUGCACAUUAUCAUUGUAAAUGGAUGAUCGUUAAUUCGUUAUGUAUUCUACUUAAAUACAAUAAAAGACGUAGAGCAAAUUAACAACGUACUUAUGUAACUGAACUUAGCAGUAAUACGUAUUUAUUUUGUUUUUGAAUAUAUUGAAAUAAUGUGAUAAGUAUUAAAAUCUAAUAUGGCGGCAUUCCAAUCAUUUGUAUUAUUCUACCAGUUUAAUUAAUUGUAGCAAGCGAGUCGUGUUUGUCUCCAAUAAAAAGUAAAAUGUUAAUGCAAAUUAUAAAUUGCAUUUGUUUUAAAUUAUUUAAGAUUAGCGAACAUUGUUGUAGAUAAGUUAUAUAUAAGUUAGUAUAAGUUCAAUAUUUUUUUAUUAGUUUUUUAACUGUAAAUACGUAUUAUUAAAAUUAAAUAUAAGUAUUUAAA